AUGAAUGAAAUUGAAUAUAUUUCAUCGUGGAUCGGUAAACGUCCAAUAGUAAUAUUACUUUUUACUGAUUGGUGUAAUACAUCAAUGAAUAAUUUAUUCAAUUAUCAACUGAAUAAUAUAUGGAAUAAUCAGAGUAUUCCAGUGAUUACCUGGGAAUUAUUUGGUUGUAGUGGUAGUAGUCAACCGGGUAUAAUGAGUCUUGUUCGAAAUAACACUUAUGACGCGUACAUAGACCAAUUUGGAAAUCGUUUGAAAACUUGGUUAGCUGGAACUGAUGGGGUUUUGGGCAGCAGUGAUGAUCGAAGAGCAUAUUUGCGAUUAGCUCAUGAAAUGAAUGGAAAUUGGUAUCCAUGGUCGAUGAGCUCAACUCCACAAGAUUUCAUUGCGGCAUGGCAUCAUAUACAUGAUAUAUUCACAAACAAAAGUUUAGAUUCGACUAGGCUUCAAUGGAUUUGGUGCGUGAAUAAUGCUGAUGUAGGUAGUUACACCGCCGAAGAUUAUUGGGUUGGAGAAAAUUAUGUUGAUUGGAUGGGAAUUGAUGGAUACAAUUUUGGUACAAGUCAAAGUUGGAGUUCAUGGUCAAAUCCGACUCAAGUUUUCGACAAUAUGAUCACACGAUUACAAAAUUUAUCUUCAACAAAACCAAUAUGUAUAAAUGAGUAUGCAUCAACAAGUAUACGUACGGGAAAUAUUUCUAAUAUAACAGCAAAAUAUGAUUGGUUACAACAAUUUUGUACAUAUAUAAAUAAUAAACAAAUUAAAAUUGCUUCAUAUUUUAAUACAGACAAAGAAACUGAUUGGGCUAUAUUCGGUGGAAUUCGUGGAGAUAGUUUGUGGACUAAUUAUAGUGUUUAUACAGCAUAUCGAGAUUGCUUUCAAUCAAAUGAUUGGAUACUAGUAAAUAGUACAAAUCCAAGACUUAUUAGCGAUGAAGAAUUCUCUGGUACAGGUAGGAAGAUGGGCAACUGCAGUGGAGUUCUUCCAACAGGACACGGAUCACAUGGAAAUCAUCCUCACGGAGGUCCACCUGGUCAGACACGUAAACAUUCUCAUGAUGAAGGACGACGUGGCAGUGGUGACAGCCAUGGAAAAGGCGGUGGACAAGGACAUGGACACGGACACGGAAAUAAAAACCAUUGA